ACGUGGCAGACAAUUUCAGCAAAAUGAAAAUGACCAAAUCAUCUGUUUUAGAUGAUGUUGAUUAGGGGAUAAACCCAGGGUGUGGGGAACAGCACUCAGCAGAGAGUGCCUUGUGCUUAUCACUUGGUAAUUUCUCUCAUCUGGAGGAGACUUUGGUCUUACUGAUUGGACAAUGAAAGAGGAAAUUGCUGCAACAGUGGUUUUUAUCUCCCGAAUGGUGAAGAAAAAUGAGAAGCUAAGCAAAAAGAAGGUUGAGAAAUUCUGCAGCAAAUUGACCAAAGUCUUGUUUGAAAAAUACAAGAAUCACUGGUACUGGGGAAACCCAGCCAAGGGCCAAGCAUACAGGUGUAUCCGGGUGAAUAAGAGUCAGCCUUUGGAUCCAGUCCUGCUCCAGGCCUGUGUGGAAAGCAAUAUCGAAUAUUCUUCAUUGCAACUACCAAGGGAGCUCACUAUCUGGGUGGAUCCUUAUGAAGUGUGGUGUAGAUGUGGAGAGAAGAACCAGCCUUUCAUUGUGACCAGGUUAGAGGAAAAUAAUACAGACUUGGAAAUUUUUAAAGACAUCAGCAGUGCUGCAGAGCGUGCAGGCUGUGAAUAUAAUUCUGGAACCUCUUCUGAUGAGGAAGGCUACAAGGAACCAAAUACCACCUCUGUCAGUGACACCCGUGCUGGUUAUCCAGCUGGGGAUCAGGAAGACUUCUCUGUCCUCUCGGAAAGAAAGACCAUACCAAUUGUGAACAACCCGAACAGUAUAUACCAGUUGGAAGUAUGUACCAGCUUCAAAGGCCGCAGGAGCCCUGGUCCAGGAUUGCAAACCAUUCCGACAGUGAUUAACCCAAAGAGUAUCUAUCAGGUAAAUGAUUACUACAGCCACCCUCCAGCUGUAUGGCCCAAGUUUCUCCGAAAGAAGAUGUUUCCUGAAGAUUACAGCUGCCAUUCAUUCCAGGGCAAUUACAGAGUGUACCGAGCAUCCAACAUGUUCCUGUUUCCUCGUGUGGACCGUUAUCAUUGGGUGAACACCAAGCGAUAAUCUCUGCCUGUGCUUUUCCUCCUUUGAACUCUUCUUCUAACUUCUCCUGAAAGGCUUUCUGGCGGUCCAAUUCUGACUGAUUUUAUUGACUUGUGUCCUGACCUAGUCGGGAGGUGAAUGUGUCCCACCAUUUUAAGCAUCAAUGCAUUUGUUAGCACAAUCUGUUCUUCAUCCUGCUCAAUGAGGACUGAAAUACUAUCUUUUUUUUUAUACAAUCAAGUUAGAUAUUUCUUUAUAGAUAAAUUAUAUUCAUGGUUCAGUGUUUAAUUGCCAUUUAAACAAUUUUAAAGGCUAGAAUGGAAAUGUUUGAAAAUGUAUAAUGAAUAAAA